AUGCUUACCGAACAGUUUGUGGCCGCCAUAUCUGGCUCCACGAAGCCGAACACAGGCGUCACCAAGGACCAGGGCAUCUUCCUACACGAAUAUCAACCCUUGGCGGCCCAACGACAUGUCUUCAAGAAGAGCGCGACGGCUCAGAACGGCAUUGCUGUGAGCAGUACACACAUCUUCGCCGCGCAAACCGAAAAGGCGAUCGUGCACGUGUACAGUCGAGAGAAGGGCAACCAGGAAGCCAUCGUGCCGUUUCCGGAGAGGAUACACAGCAUUGCGCUCGCGGCGCAAGACACAGUACUGCUGCUGGGAGCUGAAAGCGGGAGGGUGCUGGCUUGGGAGAUCUGCUCAGGUCGCCUCGUCUCCACAUCCACUUCUCACCUCCAGCCCGUGACGUCCAUGGUUGUCGAUCCCUCGUCGACCUUCUUCCUCUCUGGCUCUGCAGAUGCUAUGAUUCACGUAUGGGCACUGUCUUCGAUCCUCUCGUUCUCGCCCGAUACCUCUCGUUCGCCCGUGCACACUCUGUCUACGCACCGCGGACCCAUCUCCUCCAUCGUGUGUGGCCACAGCUCCAGCACCGCCAACAUUGCAGUAUCGAUCUCGGGAGACAAGUCGGCAAUUGUAUGGGACUACCACAGCGGGCAGGCGCUUCGCACAUAUCUCCUGCCAGAGACACCUACAGCUGUGACGCUUGACCCCGCCGACCGAGCAUGCUUCGUUGCGUACGCCGAUGGCAGUCUACAGACCAUAGACUUCUACGAUGACAUCCAGAAGACCACAUCGACCGACGUCUUGCGCGAUGCUUCAUCUUCACACCGACCUCUACAGCCGUCACCAAAGACCAGGUUCAAUGCUGAUUCGCAGAAACUGGGAGGGGCUCUCAGCAUCAGUCUGAGCUGGGAUGGGACAACCCUUGUUUCUGGCCACACCAGCGGCAAGGUUGCUGCCUGGGACAUUGCGAAGAGCAACUACCUCUCCACCUUGACCAAUCUGCCAGGACCUGUAUCCAACCUGGUGUUCUUGCGACCUACGGGCUUCUCAACGACCACCGAGCCCAGCUUCAAGGUCCAGACAAUCGUCAAGCCCAAACAAGAUGCUGGGCUGACAGGCAGCAGCAGCGGCUUGGUCCCGUCAAACUACAACCUGAGCAUGCAGUUCACUGGUAGAGUGAACAGUCCGGUCGUUUCAGCUACAGAAAGGCCAGCCACAAAGACAAGCGCAUUCGCAGAGGCUCUCACGCACCCCAGUUUUCCCGCCAGUAUGCUCGAAGAAAGUCUUGCGGAGCUGGAGUCUUGGGUCGCACCAUCCAAGGGUAGCAACGCCCCUGUAGCCAGCGUCCCAGCACCGAGCCACAACGUCGAGGAGGAUUCACCAAGCGUAUCUAAUGGCGCCUCCCAAGCAGAAGUACAGGAGUUGAAGAAGCAGCUCGCCAGCUUGCAGCGUAUCCAGAAGGUCACGUUUUCGCAGUUGUCGGAGUUGCGCGAAGAGAAAGAAUACUUUGUGAAUAAAGAGAAGAAAAGAGCCGAACGCACAAAGACGAAGAACAAAGCGGGUCCCCGUAAGAGUGACAACGAUGUGGAAAUGAGCGACGGCGGCGACGACAAUGCUUCUGACAUGGAGGCGUAG